AUUCGUGAGACUCAGUGACGUGCGUGCGUCAUUUUACGUAGCUGUCAUGGCGUCAGCUGCGCAUGCGCAGUGAGCUGACCUUCCGGGGACAGAGGCCGCCAUGCCCGGUCCGGUAGAGUUACCUGGGGCUGAGGAUCUCUCUGUACAAGAGGUAUGUGACUUCCAAUUCUUUCUUUAUUUAUUUUAUUGUUCAUGGUGUUUCUCUGUACGGCUUGUAGUAGGUGUGCAUGGUGUGAGGCUGCUCGCAUCCUACCAGCAUAUUGUUAGUGUGUGACUGUAUAGUUUUAGUAUGGGAUACUAACUGGUUGCACCAUACUUGCACCGAUUUCAUGAAUAAAUAGUUAUGCUACACUUAAUGGUGGAAAAAGCACAAGCACCUGCAUAGAUCUGCCUUAUUGCAUUACUGCAGAGGAGUUAUCCCAAUACGUGAUAUUCUGUAUUUAUUAUUUUUAGUAAAGGAUAGCUGCAGCAGUUAUGAUUGUCUUGGUACCGUUCGCCAAUUAUGCGGCAAAUCGUGUUACACUAGUUGUUCAGUUGGCUUAUGCUAUCCUAAUGACAUUGUCAAAGGUAGAAACACUUUUUUGUUAAAGGGACACUAUAGGCACCAGAACAACUACAACUUAAUGUAGUUGUACAGGUGUGUAUAGUCUGUCCCUGCAGGCUUUUUAAUGCCUAGAAACACCUCUAGUGGCAAUCACUCAGACAGCAAUUAGAGGUGCCUCCUGGGUCAGUGCUGCACAGAGUGCACCGAUGAACGUUCCCCAUAGGGAUGGAUUGAUUCAUGCAUCUCUAUGAGAAGCAGUUGAUUAGCACUGCAUAGCAUUUUCCUGUGCAUGCAGAAUAACCUCCCAAUGCUUUUGAAAGUAUUGGAUUGGCUGAGAUAUUGAAUGGGGCGGACCCAGAUAAUGCUGGCAUAAAGGUGAGUAAAAUCAUGUUUACAUUGGUUAUAGGCGGGUCGGGACCCUAAAUAGUGUUAUUAGAGGUACAUCUAUGUUAGCGUAUUUUAUUUGCGGUUUCGUUCAGGUGUGAUUAAGUGGCACAAUAAGCAAAAUAACUAACUCCAAAUAAUAAAAUACACUAAAAUAUACUUUUACCCCAACAUCCUAGGGAAGACAAAUACUAAAUGAGUUAGUUAUUUUGCUUAACUCACACCUGAAUGAAACGGCAAUUAAUAAAAUAUGCUAAAAUACACUUUUUACAGCUAUAGUGACAGAAAUACAAACCACUAUAGUGUUACUUUUAAAAAAUGCAUUUUUUAACUUUAGAGUGUUAAUGUUUUAGAUUUCUUGCCCCCCCCUUUUAAAAUAAUUUAAUUAAAAAAAAAAAAACCUUUUUAAACUUGCCUGUAAUCCAUAGCCACAGCAGUCUUCUUGCUGGGGCCUUUGGUGCUUGCGAGGAAAUCACUAUGUAGAGAUGAAUUGGACCCUGUAUUUUUCUGCGAAAUGCAUUGGACAUGUUUACAUAGAAUGUGACGGCAGAUAAGAACCAUUCGGCCCAUCUAAUCUGCCCAAUUUUCUAAAUACUUUCAUUAGUCCCUAGCCUUAUCUUAUAGUUAGGAUAGCCUUAUGCCUAUCCCACGCAUGCUUAAACUCCUUUACUGUGUUAACCUCUACCACUUCAGUAAAGUAAUACUUCCUGAUAUUAUUUUUAAACCUUUGUCCCUCUAAUUUAAGACUAUGUCCUCUUGUUGUGGUAGUUUUUCUUCUUUUAAAUAUAGUCUCCUCCUUUACUGUGUUGAUUCCUUUUAUAUAUUUAAAUGUUUCUAUCAUAUCCCCCCUGUCUCAUCUUUCCUCCAAGCAUGUUGAGAUCCUUUAACCUUUCCUGGUAAGUUUUAUCCCGCAAUCCAUGAACCAGAUUAUUAGCCCUUCUCUGAACUCUCUCUAAGGUAUCAAUAUCCUUCUGAAGAUAUGGUCUCCAGUACUGUGUACAAUACUCCAAGUGAGGUCUCACCAGUGUUUUGUACAAUGGCAUGAGCCCUCUUCCUACUUCCUAAAAUACACAGAAAUUAAUAGAUCACAUUCUCUGGUUACCCAAAUAGGUGAUUCCUAUUUUAUCUACUUCAGUGGGGAUUGAACCUGUGGCCCAUAAGAUAUGGAAUAAGAUAUGGACAGUGUACUGCUAGUGUAUUAGCCUAUUGAGCUAACCUAACACGUUUGGUGUCAAGUAAUGUAGCCAAAUGCUAAGACGUUCUAAUAUUGAAGGUCUAAAGGAAAAUGUUUCUCUAAUGCAGCAUUUCCUAAUAGGUGUUCUGUGGAACCCUAGGGUUCCGCUAGAACAAAAUUGGAGUUCCACUGCGAUUUGUCAAUCUGGUGACCCAAUGGCCACUUAGGGCUACCCGAUGGGUAUUGAGUUCAGAUGUCACGACCAUUUAAGAGCAGAACUGGGCCCCUGUAAUAUUGGACGCAGACAUAGAGAGUGCCACACUGGAGGGAGAGCGGCAGUAGUGGGGAGUGAGCUGCUCCCGACCUCACACACCAGCCAGCCGCACUCACAGCAAAUUGCCCUCCUGCAGAAAAAAGGUAAGCUAACAGGAGGGUGACUGCAAAUUUAAACAUUAUGAUCUGUGUGCCAAGGUAUGUAACACUGUGUGUAUGUGCCAGUGUUUGUAUCUGUGUGUAAGUGUGCAUCUUCCAGUUUGUGUGUCUGAUUGUAUGUGCCAGUGUGUGUGUGUUUGUUUGUUAAUGCGUAUGUAUAUUUGUGAAGGUAUCUAUGUGGCAGCAUAUGUGCAGACAUCCCAGCAAUCAAUCACCAUGCAAACACACACCCCUGCAAACAUACAAAGAUACCCCUGAACUCCAACUCCAAAAUUACAUACAAACACUAAUACUACACACAAAUGUACAUCUGCAAUUAUAGGCCAACACCACAUCCAAACAUUACAUACAAACACACCUGUAUUAAAAUGCUAAAAUUAUAUACAAACACCAACUCUAUACGCAGAAGCACACCUGCUCCCAAGUACUACAAUCUGUAGAAAUUAGUGUGUGUGUGUGUGUAUAUAUAUAUAUAUAUAUGUGUGUAUAUAUACCAAAAAAACAAAAUAUGCCAAAAAAGUUAAACAUUUCGCUCUGCUUAUUAAAAGGUUUGUGGUACGGCGCAAAUAAUUUUUGGGGUAUCCAAGAUGUUGGUACACUAUGUAAAAGGGUUCCGUGUAAAAAAUUAAUUGGAAACCCCUGCCUAGUCUGUAAAUAUUUUCAUUUAUCAGAAACAACAUUUUUGUAAAUUGCCAAAUAAAAGGAGCACACUACAUUUAGAUUGUAAACUCACUGCUAUCUAGCUAAGCACUUUGUAUAAAAGAGCUUCAGUGGCUAUAUCUCAGCUUACAGGCAGGGCCCUCUCUACCGUUUGUAGUUGUCUGUGUAUAUUGUACGUUCUUAACUAAUUGUACAGUGCUGCGAAAUUUGUUAUUAUAAAUACCAGUAAUAAAUAAAAUACAUAUAGUAUUGUUGGUGCUUAUUGUCCCUUUCUGUGAUUUUGAAAAGAAUACUUCAACUGUAUGCCCACCCUCUAACAGAUGUCAGAGGAAGCUUAUACUUCUCUUUAUCCUUUCAAGUAGUUGGGAACCUACUGAUCGGGUGCACAUGCUCCCACAGGCUCUAACAUAGGUUACUCGGAGUUUCACAAAUAUUACAGAUUGGCAUGUACAGUUUUAAAGGGUCACUAAGGUUACUUACUAGAGUGAGAAUUGUUAUUUCAAAGUGAAUUAAAAUUUUGAGGCAAAAAUAGCUGAACUGGAAACAUUCUCCAAGCCAGCCCUGCUUCGAGUUUGGCUAGUUUACCCUUAAAUUUGGAAAUCACUUUGAACUCUCAACAGUUCUCAUUUUAGCAAUUAACCCUGUAAGUUAAAAUGGACACUCCAGACCCCUAAAGCACUUCAGCUUGCAGGAAAGCUUUGCUUGUGAAGAAUGUGGCCUAUUUUUUUUUUUCACUUUGCAAAAAGUGUAGAUUUCAAAAGAAAUUGACACACUUAUAAAUUAAUCUGGUAACAACCCCUUGGCUUUCAAGCUGAAAACAUGUCCUGUUACUUCCUUGUUUGGUUAGCUUAGUGGAGCUAAACUCGAGAGGCAGUAAUUUCUCAGAGCGUCUGCAUUGCAAAGACUUCUCAUUGAUCUGCAUUGGAAUGUCUUUGAUUGGAAAGUCUGGGCUGGGUUAGAAGUGGAGGGCUUGCAAACGCUGCAGACAAGAGAACUGCGAGUUUUGCAAGCAGUUUUUAGAUAUACCCCAAAUGAAAUAAAUAAAUGUUAUUUGUUUUGUAUUUGGGAAAUGGAGUGUUCCUUUAAUAGAAGGCUAAUGGAUUGGAAUUCAAUAUGUCUGUUUUAGUUAUAUUUGUCCUCUUUCCUGAGAACGAAGUUUUGUGGUUGAUUCUUGGUGUUUGAUCAGUAACUAGAUUCCUCUAAUGUCCAGAAGCUAAAUGUUCUCUCUUUCUCUGCAAUUUUGUUCAGCUUGAUGUAAGUUCUGCUGUGCUAAAGGCUGCAGCCCAUCAUUAUGGAAGUCAGUGUGAUAAACCCAAUAAGGAAUUCAUGCUGUGUCGUUGGGAAGAGAAGGAUCCAAGAAAAUGUCUGAAGGAAGGGAGACAAGUGAAUCAAUGCGCCCUUGAGUUCUUCAGGUAAUACUUUCAUAUACCAGUCUGUCACCAUAACCACUACAGCUUACUUUAGUGGUUAUGGUACCAGGAGUGCCUAGUUACCCGUGACCAUUGUAAGGAGUCAAACAGUUUUUGGGUUUGACAUUUUAUCUAAGAAACAACAAUUCUUGAGCGGGAACUUCAGUUCGCUCUGCUGAGCUGUGCAGCUCGGGAGAGCUAAUGGAAGUUACUGAUUAGAAAAUGUCGGCUGUCCAGAGAUGAUAGUAGAGGCCAGUUACAGGUGUACCUCAGGUAACGGUUUAUGUUUUGAUUAAUUGUAUUUGGGGGGACAAUGGCGCACUCUUGUCACCAAAACCACUACAACAAAUUGUUGUUGUGGUGCAUGGAAUGUUCCUUUAACCCCUUAAGGACUGAGCCAAUUUUACAACUUGUGAUCAAAACAAAAUGUAAACUGUAAUUAACCUCUUUCAUCUUAAGUACACCCACACUUAUUAUAUAUCCUUUUAUUCAAGAAAAACAUGGCUUUCAUUUAACAUCAAAUCUUUAGCUAUGCAACAUAAUUUAAUAUAAAUAAUAUAUAAAAAUGUGAGAAAUGUUAACUGUGAAUGUAAUAAUGCUGUUUGCUGUUACUGCAAUAAAGUACACAUAUUUGUAUUCCACAAUGUCUCACAAGUUAAACAGUAUCCCACCUGUAUAUGUUUUAUGGUGUUUUGGAAAGAUAUUAUAUUUUAGUUUAUACACUUUGAAAUUUGCCAGACUGGUAUUGUUGUCUUUGAGACCGUAUAGUAGCCCAGGAAUGAGAAUUACCCCCAUGAUAGCAUACCAUACCAGUAGACAAUCUCAGUUUUUACAAAUGGGUAUGUCCAGUCUUUUUUAUUAGCCACUUAGUCACAAACACUGGUCAAAAUUAGUUUUUUGCAUUUUUCACACAAAUUAUAAACGCCAACUUUGGCCAGUGUUUAUGACUGUUUGUGUAGUCCAUUUGCAAUACUUUGGGUUGUCUAUUUUUUGCAAAUGGUAUGCCAUCAUGGGGGUAAUUCUCAUUCCUGGGCUACCAUAUGGUCUCAAAGGCAACAUAACCAAUGUGGCAAACUUUAAAGUGAAAAAAACUGAAAUACAAGCCUUGUUUUUGACUAUGUAACUUUCAAAAACAUCAUAAAACCUAUUCAUGGGGGGUACCGUUAUACCUUGGAGACUUCGCUGAACACACAUAUUACGGUGUCAAAACAGUAAAACUUAUCACAAGUAUAUGUACAGUUUACUUCACCCCGCCACCUCAGUUGAAAGAAAUUGACAAAGAUGCUUUAAAGUGACACACUAUACACGAUUUUUCACACCUCCCCUUUAUUUUUCUACAUCAUAGAGAUAAUGCGUAAAAAUACUCCAAUUUUUCAAGAUCUAUCACAGGCAAGUACUGCAGCUGGCAGUAUCCUCUUCCAGGAUAGAAACUCCCCAGUUAUUAACCUUACAUUCUAGUAUUUGUUUUAUGAGAUGUUUACUCAUGAAGACUGGAGCUGCCUAGCAAGUUGAUAACAGCAGAUGUAUGGAUGCUUCAAGCAUUCCAACUUAUAGUCCGCCUUACAGUUUUGUAAACCAGGAUGGCAGCAUCGAGAUUCUGGCAUUGUAUUAAUUCACCAGUGGUUCUGACUCUGCAGGGGAAAAGAAAAUACUUUUCCUAUACAUAGGACACAAGGUCACACACUUACACUGGACGUGAGGAAAUGUAUUUACAGUAAGGAUGUGGAAUUCUCUGCCUAAAGAGGUGGUUUUUAUCAGAGUCUAUAUGUUUUGGUUUUUUAAAACAGCAAAAUGGGAAAGCGCUUAGUUUUUUUAAUAUGUUUUACGGUUUUAAAACACUAAUAUUUGUGUUUAGUGAAGUCUCCCGAGAAUAACAGUACCCCCCCAUGUACAGGUUUUAUGGUGUUUUGGAAAGUUAGAGAGUCACAUAUAAGGCUUGCAUUUCAUUUUUUUGACAUUGAAAUUUGCCAAAUUGGUUAUGUUGCCUUUGAGAGUGUAUGGCAGCCCAGGAAUGAGAAUUACCCCCAUGAUUGCAUACCAUUUGCAAAAGUAGACAACCCAAGGUAUUGCAAGUGGGGUAUGUCCAGUCUUUCUUAGUAGCCACUUAGUCACAAAAACUGGCCAAAUAUUAGUUUUUUGCUUUUUUUCACACAAAAACAAAUAUGAACACCAACUUUGGCCAGUGUUUGUGACUAAGUGGCUACUAAAAAAGACUAAACAUACCCCACUUUCAAUACCUUGGGUUGUCUACUUUUUCAAAUGGUAUGCCAUUAUGGGGAUAAUUCUCAUUCCUGGGCUACCACACCGUCUCAAAGGUAACAUUACUAAUCAGGCAAAUUUCAAUUUGAAAAUGGAACGUUCUAUAUUUGACCCUGUAACUUUCCAAAACACCAUAAAACCUCUUAAUGGGGGGUACUGUUGUACUCGUGAGACAUCGCUGAUUACAAAUAUGUGCAUUUUUUUGCAGUAAAACCUAACAGUAUUAUGACAUUAACAGCUAAAAUGUCAGACGGAAAUACAAAUUUAAAAAAAACAAAACUUAUUUUCUCAAUUUUAUUUAAAUUUUAGUCAUAAUAAAUUAUGUUCCAUAUAUGAAUAGUUAAUGAUAAAUUAAAGCCCUGUUUCUCCUGAACAAAAUGAUAUAUAAUAAGUGUGGGGGCACUUAAUGUGACAGCGGUGAAUUACGGUUGGACAAACAUAUAGCGCAAAUUCCAGUUUUUGUUUACGUUUUGUUCUGAUCAGAACGUGCACUAUUGACUCCGUCCUGAAGGGGUUAAAUAGGUUUUUGGGGUUUUUUUUGCCUUCGUUUAGAACAGGAAAAACAGAUGUGAGAAAGACUGACCUUAAUGGAUGAAUGUCUUUUUUCAGCCUAUGUAAAUGUGUAAAAAAAAAAAAAGUUUCUUAAAACCCACCUCUUCAGAAUAACAUGUGACCCUGUGAAGCAAGUCAUUCGUCAAAUAUAUAGCUUUCUCUCACAUUAUUUAGUUAUAUCGUCACUUUAAUGUCACCUUACAAUUUUGCUCAUUUCCACCUGUCCCUUGGUUGUAAUUCCCAGCGGUACUUUUCCUAUUGUGUUUUUAUACUCCACCCCCUAUAGCUUGUUAGCUCCUUCAGGGUCUUCAUCAGCCUAUAAUUCCUGUCAAAAUUCAUAAUAGUUUCUUGUUUAUUGUUAAAUUUCCCUGUUCAUAAUAUUGUCAAAUGCUGCGGAAUAAGUUGGAAUCUGUGUGUGUGUGUGUGUGUGUGUGUGUGUGUAUAUAUGCAGCUACAAAAUAGGCCAGCACUCCAUGAUUUUUUUUAUUCAAAUAUUUUCUUUUCUUAAGUGUGCAUGUGUUACUUUUUUUAUGAGAAAAUAUUCUUACAUUCAACGUAAACUACCAGUACAAAAUACACUUUUUAGUCAGGGAUAUCAUGACCUUUAAUUUAUUUAUUUUACAGGAAGAUAAAGACUCAUUGCGCAGAGCCCUUUACUGAAUAUUGGACCUGUAUUGACUAUUCAAACUUACAGGAGCUCAGACGUUGUCGCAAACAGCAGCAAGCAUUUGAUAACUGUGUUCUUGAUAAGCUUGGUUGGGUGAGGCCAGACUUGGGAGAUCUGUCUAAGGUGAGCUUAUUAAAUACCUUAUUAACUUGAUAUACAUUUGUAGCUUCAUUGCAAGUUUGCAUUUGUUUGAUACUGUUUUUAUGAACUCAUGUAUCCUAUUGGAACCACUUUUCCCCUCACAUUUUAUUAAAUAACGCUCCGAAAUACACUUUAUUAGUAAAUCAGAUACCAGGGAGCCAUGUCUUUUAAAAUACCUUUGGUACUUUUGUCCGUGACUGAUGGUCAACUAUAGUUAUUUAUACACACAAACUGUACACUUUGUUGUUUUUCAGGAAAUGCAUACAUUAAAAUAUAUACUCUUUUAAAGGAACACUAUACGUCAGGAACACAAACAUGUAUUCCUGAUCCUAUAGUGUUAAAACCAACAUCUAGCCCCCUGCCCUCUCCCCACUUGCCCCUCUAAAUAUAGCAAAAUCUUACAUUUAUUCCAGUCUGUUGUUGUUGGCUGAUCUGCCUGCUUGGCUGACAUCAGAAGUGGUGCUCUGAGCCAAUCACAAUGCUUUCACAUAGUAAAGCAUUGGAUUGGCUGAGAGUGUCAAGGAGGCAGAUCAGGGGCAGUGCCAGCACAAGCCAAACACAGCCCUAGUCAAUCCGCAUCUCCUCAUAGAAAUGCAUUGAAUCUCUAUGAGGGAAGUUCAGUGUCUCCAUACAGAGGGAGGAGACACUGAAUGGCAAUACCCCCCCAAGAAACACCUCUAGUAGCUAUCUGAGGGAGUGGCCAGUGGAGGCUUGCACUGCAGUUAGACCCAAAGCAGCUUCUGGUCUCAAAGAAGCUUUUGAUCACUUGUGCCAUUACCUGUACCAUUUCUAUAUCAGACUGAUAACACCCAAGUGUUCUAAAUUUAAGACACAAGCAGUCUAGAUUUGAAAUUCUAGCAAGUUACCUCUGACAGAGAGAGCAAAUGUAGAUUAUUAUUUUUGCCUUUGUUGGAUCUCUUUUAUGAGGUGUGGCUGAAAUCCACCUCAGCACCAUGAGCAUGCAGUCCACAGUUUGGGAUUUGUAGGAAAAAGAAAGCAAAAUGUAAAAAGUGGGAAAGGGCCAGGAUGUGUGUUGGGGUGGAGGGGGAAGAAUGUGUGGUAUUGGCAUUCAAUCUUGGCUGGAUAAAUUGGGCAAUCUUUUUGCAGUACCCAAGUUCAAAUCCCCUAUCAGGAAUUUUUUAAAAUAAUAACCAUAAUAAACACAGCCAAUAACCAACUUUAAAGCUUUAGCAAUAAACUAAACCAUAUACAAAAUACAUGUCCACAACAGUGGCAUAAGAAUAAAAAAAUAAAUGAAAAUCUGAGAAAAUAUUUUAAAUUAUGAUCAAACGGGUAUGCAUUAAAAUGGGGAUAAACAGAGUUUGGAAACAAGCCUUGGGGCAUAAAUUAUACAUUCUAAGCCUUAAAGGAUCAGUCGAAGAACCAUAAACAGUACAGCCCGCUCAGCUGACACUCUCAACCAGUGAUUGUUGUCCUGCAUGAGUCUUGCUUUGAUUUAUAAAAGGCAUCCAGCUUCUCCUACUGGUGAGGACUGGGUUUGGACCGGGCGUCCCUACUGGACUUAAGUUCUCAAACUGUGAACUGCAACAGGGUAUUCCUGACCACCAUAACCAUUAUAAUGAGCUGUAUAUAGUGCUUGAAAUGUUCCUUUAAAAGUAGUAAAAACAAAGUAUUGUGCUAUAAUUCAUCCAGAAGUGUAUAACGAGAAGGAACAAAUAGCCAGCCAGAUAUGUUAAUUCAAGAAAUGUCAUUGGUCAGUGGAGGAAAUCUGUUAUGAAAAGCUCUGGUAUGCUGAACAAUGAAUCGUUUUUCAGGUUGACUUAAUUAAGAGAUCACCUCAAUCAUAUGUGGUAUAUUUUCGUUUGUGUAUUUGUUAAAAUGUACAAUUGUCAUUUGAUUUACUUAAUUGAUCUCAUUAGGUCACAAAAGUGGAAACUGACAGACCACUCCCAGAAAACAUCUACCACUCAAGGCCAAGGCCUGAACCAAACCCUCCAAUUGAAGGAGAGUUAAAACCAUCCAAAUAUGGGAGCAGACUUUUCUUCUGGACUUGGUAAAAGGAGCAGCUUUUAUCUGACUAAUAUAAAUAUGUUUCUGAUCUUCCUGCCAUUGACCAGAUUAUUGUAAACUUAGAAAUAAAAUAAAACAUUGCCUGGAUUUCUUGUUUUUUCUUGUAGCAUUUUCCUUCAUUACACUUAUGCCAAGGUCUGCUUCAAACAAAAACCAAGUACAUUGUUUGCAAAAUCUCCAU